ACCCCUGACUGAGCGUACUGCGAGGCGGUUUCAUUGGACUCGAGUCACAGGCAGCAACAGCAACACUACAGCCAGUUUAAGACAAACACUGGUGCUGUAAACAUGCGUGUCAUCCACGAACCCCUCAAACACGGACCUAAAUGCCGGGUGCAGCUCCAUGUUCACCUGGACGGCUGUAUCCGCCAUGAGACCAUCUGGGAAGUCAUGAGAAGAAAGGGCCUGAAGCUCCCUGGCAGUGGUUCACUUGCAGACCUCAAGUUGGCUCUGCAGGUGCAGGAACCUGAAGAUCUUUUAUUCUUUCUGAGUGGCUUUAAAAUUUUUUUGCCUGCCAUUAAAGGAGAUCUUGCCGUCAUAGAAAGAAUAGCUCAUGAAUUUGUCGAAGAUCAGGCUAAGGAAUAUGUUGCCUACUGUGAGGCUCGAUUUUGUCCCCAUUUGCUUCUCCCAAAUGAUACAACUCAAUUCAGUGUGGUAAAAUGCUUGAAGGGGAAGUCUCGUGUAAAUGGUACUACUGAUACAACAACUGAAGAUGGUCCUGUCAAAGAUGGUGAGGUCACUGUAGAUUCUAUUUUAAAUGCUGUUCUGAAAGGGUUUUCACGUGGAGAGGAAGAUUUUGGCACCAAGGUUCGAGUCAUUCUAUGCUGUAUACAUGGGACUUCAGAAUGGUAUUGGGAUAUUCUCCGUUUGUGUGAGGAAUACCGUAGUAAAGGAGUUGUUGGUAUUGAUUUGGCUGGAUAUCACGAAUGUUCUGACUGGUCUACAGAAGAUCAGUCAUUAAAGGAAGACCGUGUCCUUGUAGAAGUAUUUGAAGCAGCAAGAGAGAAAGGGAUUCAUCGCACUAUUCAUGCUGGAGAAGCAGGACCUGCUAGUACUGUCAAAUUGGCUGUGGAAGCAUUAGGUGCCGAGAGGAUCGGCCAUGGUUACCGUGUAGUAGAAGAUGAGAGUAUAUAUCAAAUGUGCUUAAAGGAGAAUAUCCAUUUUGAAGUUUGUCCUCACUCCUCUUAUCUCACAGGAUCUAUUGGUUCUCUAAAAACCAAAUCAAAGAGACAUCCUGUCCUCAGGUUUGCUGAGGAUGAAGCAAGCUUCAGCAUCAACACUGAUGACCCAACCAUCACUAACACACAGCUGAUGGACGAAUACAAACUCCUUACCGAGUGGGGCUUUACAGAGGCACACUUCACACGUGCGAAUUUCCAAGCUGCAAUUCAUUCAUUCCUGCCAAUAGAGGAGAAGAAGGCUUUGGUGGAUCAACUUCAUGAAGCUUAUGGUAUUGUCAAUUUCACUCUACCUUCACCUACUGUGUCACCUUCCAGCACUCGCACAUCUACACCCCCUCCAAAACCAAGUGUCACCUUUGGAACCUGGGCAGAACGUGCUUAAAAUAAAAAAAAUAAAUAAAAAAUAUUUUGACUAAAGAAUUGUAUAACAGUGUUAUAGAAAGAUUUCCUAGCCCAGUCCCAUAUGAAUGACAGGCUGCCCAGUACAGUAUUCAUUACAAGAGAUGAGAGUGGUGGAUAUUGGUGUUGUUGGAAAGCAUACUGUUGAGGUCAUGGGUUCGAGUCUUGAGCAGUUUAAAGAUAUUUUUGGUUUAUACCAUGUCAGAUUUGCUGUCAUGACCAUUAUUAUCUGGAGAGAGGGGUAACUUUGUCGUCUGUCAGUGAGGGCAUCAACAAAGUUCUGGGAAGCGGAUGUAGUUUGGUAGAAAUACCCCCCCCCCCUCCUCCCACCCUCACCCCCCCCUGUUUAGUCCUGUGUGAACAAAAGGCUGCCCAUUGAUCAGUGUGGGAGAUGAAAUUGAUGAGCCUUGCAGUAAUUGAUAAACCCAAUGUCCUGGCCAGAUGGAUGUCUGUGUUUGAGUCUCAAGAGAUUAAAAAUUCCUUAGUUUCUUGUUCUGUUACAUGAGCAAAGGUUUCACUGAAGUAUAAUCUGCAAAAUUCAUUGGAUGCAGUUCAACAGAUUAAUUACCAGUAUUCCUAUCAUAUUAUGACUUGGUAAUUAGGGCUAAUUGACUUUUAUGAGUUUUUAUAUGUAAAUUUGCAUUAAUGUCUUUUUAAUAUAUUAUCCUAUAACUGUAUUUGUAAGCGAAUUUUUUAAUUUUUUUAAUAAUUUUGGUGAUCUAUAUUAUUAUGUUCAGAUUUAUAUAAAAUUUUACUUAAAAAUGUGUGCAUGUCAAAUUCAUAAUAUAAUUUUAAUUUAAUCUUUUUGUUAUCACAUGCCCAAGUUGUGUUGUGUGUGUGCCAAUUAUGACAACCUGUCUACCAUAACAUAAUGCUGAGAAUUUAUACACUCGUCAGCACACUAUUUUAAAUAAUAAGUGAUUUGAAAAUGUAAUUUUGGUCAUAAAUUGUCAUGGAGCAGUUCAAAAUCACUUUAAAUAAUUUUUAAUCUUGAAAAUUUGUGUAAAAUAAAUGAAUGACACUAGGUCUCUAUAUAGUACA